AUGAAGGCCCAGAUUCUUGAAACCAUAUAUCCUAUAGGCUCUAUUUAUACGUCAAUGAACUCAACAAAUCCGGCAAGUGUUUUAGGUUUUGGUACGUGGGAACAGAUUGUAGAUAAAUUCCUCUAUUGUGCGAACUCUUCAAAGCAAACAGGUGGUUCGAAGAAAAUUAAAGAAGCAAACCUUCCACCGCACACUCAUACAGGAACUACAAAUACAACAGGUAGUCAUUCACAUUCAAUAACAAAAAGAGGUUAUACAAAUCUUGCAGCAGGUUCGGAUAGACAGGGAAUGCAUAGAUAUGAUAUUUCAAGUGACCCAGUAGAUUCAAGCACAGGUAUUUUCUGUGGAACCACAGGAAAUCAUUCACACACUUUCACAACAAAUCCAACAGGCUCGGGUGCAGAUUAUAUGCCACCAUUUGUGACUAUAUUCGCAUGGUACCGCGUUCAUUGA